CACUCGUCUCCCAUUUCAGCAGUGGAAGGAUUGCAAGCAAGGAAAGAUUCCGCUUCAGCACCACUAUACCUUUUAAAGAGUAUACAGUUUUUCUCCAGUGAGUCUUUGAAUGAAAGCGCGAAAACGCCUUAUUGAAGUCUCCAUAUUCCGCGCCUUGGAGAUAUUUUUCACCUCACGCCGUGUUUUACACAGGAUCAUUUUUGGUGGCAGUGACUCAGAAUUUAUGAUUCUUUAUACAUUAACAACAACAAUAUCGCACAUUGGAAUCAGUGUUUCUUCAAACUAAACUAUGAUCCUACGGACUGGAAUGCCACCUGCGUAUUCUCUGUGUGCCACGAGAACACCCAACUGCGCUUUGGUCAGAAAGAAAGCGAUAUUGCUGCUUGGAUUAUCUGUUUGACCAAUAUUCACAUAUGGAACAAAUAAAGUGAAAAAAUAAAAAUCAAGAGGAAUGAAUCGCCCCUUUAUAAAAGUCUUGACUGCUUUAUUUGCAUGUUUAAUGGAGACCAACAACAGCAGGGUAGUGAAUGCCAAGGAGCAUGAGUCCAGAUCAGGCUCUCCUACUAACUUGUCGCCGUCGGACUUUUUGGACUCAUUGAUGGGUAGAACAUCUGGUUAUGACGCACGAAUAAGACCAAACUUCAAAGGUCCCCCAGUUAAUGUUACCUGCAACAUAUUUAUCAACAGCUUUGGUUCUAUAGCAGAAACUACAAUGGAUUACAGAGUGAACAUCUUCCUGCGACAGAAAUGGAGAGACCCUCGGCUGGCGUACAGCAAAUACCCAGACUCCUCCCUGGACUUAGACCCGUCCAUGUUGGAUUCUAUCUGGAAACCUGACCUGUUCUUUGCCAAUGAGAAAGGCGCCAACUUCCAUGAUGUCACCACAGACAACAAACUUCUGAGGGUCUUCAAAGAUGGGACUGUCCUGUACAGUAUCAGGUUGACUCUUAUUCUGUCUUGUCCCAUGGAUCUGAAGAACUUUCCCAUGGACAUGCAGAUCUGUACCAUGCAACUGGAAAGCUUUGGCUACACCAUGAAUGACUUGAUCUUCGAGUGGGAGGAGAAGGACAAAAAUCCUGUCCAAGUGGCGGCAGGGCUGACCCUCCCCCAGUUCAUCAUGAGAGAUGAGAAGGAACUGGGUUACUGUACGAAAAGCUACAACACCGGUAAAUUCACCUGCAUUGAGGUGAAGUUCCACCUGGAGAGACAGAUGGGAUACUACCUGAUCCAGAUGUACAUCCCCAGCCUCCUCAUCGUCAUCCUGUCCUGGGUCUCCUUCUGGAUCAACAUGGACGCCGCGCCCGCCAGGGUGGCCCUGGGAAUCACCACCGUGCUCACCAUGACGACCCAGAGUUCCGGCUCGCGAGCCUCCCUCCCCAAGGUGUCCUAUGUGAAGGCCAUUGAUAUCUGGAUGGCCGUAUGUCUCCUGUUUGUAUUUGCUGCGCUACUGGAAUACGCUGGCGUUAACUUUGUCUCCAGGCAACAGAAGGAGUUCCUUCGCUUGAGGCGAAGACAGAGGCGGACUCACAAGGACGAGGACAUGAGGGACGGCCGCUUCAGCUUCUCUGGAUACGACAUGACCCAGUGUCUGAAGGACGGGACAGCUGUUAAAAGCGCUGCAUCAAACCCCGUGGCGGCGGUACCAACGCUGAAAGAGAUCGAGAUAAUACGGAAGAGGUUUGUGGACAGGGCAAAGAGGAUCGACACGGUGUCCCGGGCGGCCUUCCCUUUGGCCUUCCUCCUCUUCAACAUCUUCUACUGGAUUACUUACAAGGUCAUCAGGCAUGAGGACAUUGGCAUGCAGUCAGGGUAGUGUUAGGACCAAUCAGGGUGGGAGGAAGGCCCAGCAGGAUUUACCUAUGGAACAGCCUUCUCUUUCCAUUCCCCUCUCUCUCUUUCUCUCUCUCUCUCUCUCCCUCUCUCUCUCUCUCUCUCUCUCUCUGACUGAGAGAUGAUUGGACAGCAUCAUUGAGACUACCAUUUUUGUUACGACUGUGCAUCGAGGAGAAGCACAUUGAUGUUGUGGGUGGCGGUGUUCUAUCAGGGACAAUUGAUAGGUGUUAACGCGCAUUCUAAUAGACUGACGGACGCACACGUUUCGGAGAGAAAACAAGUAAACAUCUACAGUGCAAACACAUAAGUAAAAAGUUGGUGAGGCACAGAUAUAUGUCUUAGAUGUGUCCCUAUUAGCUAACGCAACCAGGACAUUCCACUGGGUUGAAACUUCAUGGAUUUGUAUCUGCAGUAGUCUGGGCGUUAGUUAAGGUUAGACUUUUGUGUGGUGAAAAAAAUGUUUUAUAUGAAGGCUGAUUUGAGCAGUUUAAUACGAUUUGCACUGCAGUUCCUCACUGUUUCUACAAGCAGCAGUUCUUCCAUUUAUUAAGACGCGAGCUCAAUGUGUACACACACACUCCAGUAAGGCCAACAUGUGUGUUUGGAGAUGAAAUCUAGAUUGAACAUUGGAUACUGCAUUUUUAUGAGCUACCCAAGGCCUUCAAUAUCAUGCAUUUUUAGAUAUCAUAUGCUUCCUUAUCUUUCACAAAGCAGUUUCUCUUUUUGCUCAGCUGUCUGACAGAAACAAAUGCACAUUUAUUUAAAUCAGCUAAAUUUUGCAUGAAGGUGGUUUGUAUUUUUCUCUUCCCUUCAAUGUUCUGAAGUAAUAUUAUUAUUACAAACAUAUGUUAUCCAAUGUUUUUUCCAUUAUAUUGCUAUUCUUAAACGUCAUGUUUUGCAUUUAAUUUACCUGUUUAUCUAUUCUUAAAUAUGCCACACAUGGUACCGACAAAGUACUGACCCAUAGACAAUACCCCAUCACUCAGUAAACCCGUUUUCCAAUUAAUUUGUUUGUAUCACAAGAUAAAUAUUCCGGGUAGACUUGAAUUUAGAGUUGGGGUGUACGUUUUUGUAGAUUUAACUGUAGUGAAAUCUUCAUUGUUAUUGGCAGAUGUUUCUAAAAAAAAAAAAACUGAUUUUUAUUCUUCUUGUUGAGAUUCUUCUGAGGACGGUUGAAUGCAUCCCCUCACUUCCACACCGCAGUGCCCUCUUUGGGCAGUAUGUAUUACAGUUGGCAUUGUAUACUAUACAGUAUUGCAAUUAUGACGGAUCUCCCCAUAACACAAUGGUAUACGGCAGCUAUUGGUCUUUGCACUCCUGGCCUAAUAAGGAAAGUAUUUUCUUGAACGCUGUUUAUGAAAAAGGUUGUUUACCAAACUGUACAUCAAUAAAGUUGA